CAAGCGUGCUUCGCUCGUUACGGAGAUCCUGCGGCGUUUCGUCCUCCUUCGUCGAUGCUAGUCUAUCCGUGUCCUCGCGAAAUCAAGUGGACCGAAGUCGGAAAAGGUCGUAAGCGACGAAAAUCGGGAAGGAUAAAGAAUCUUUAGUAAAUAUCUCAGGACGACUGGAGUCACUCAAAUGUUUAUACGGAUUUUCGAAAUUUUUCGAAAACCAUUCUCGACGAAACGGCAAUACCAACGCUAAUAUCAGCAGAGAAAAGAAAAACAACAGCAAUAACAUCAAGAGCGAACGUUUCUUUUUCCUUAAUUUUUAUAUAAAGGAAAAAGGCGAUGCGAUUGGAUUUAUCGUUCGAGAGCAUAUUAGAGAUCCUUGUCAGCUCAUCGAAAAUUUUUCAAAGGGACGCGCUACGACGGAUAAUAACGACAACGACGACGACGACGACGACGACGACGACGACGACGAGGACGAUGUGCUAUCGCGAGGGAUAAGAACUAAAGAGAGGCGCGAUAGAUCGUCGCGACGCCUUCUUUAGACGAGAGAUCUUGAGUCGGCCGAUGUCGUCAGAUAUUCUUGCUUGUUGGGCCGCGCCAAACUUUUAAAUGGUGCACUCCUCCAAAGGGUUUAGUCGUAGUGAAGCAUUAGGUACACAUAGAAAGUGUCCAAGAAAGUCGCGUAGACCUUAGAACGUAAGACUUUUGCUUAUUUUCGCGUAUCAUAAAUAAAGAGAGAAAUACAGAGAUAGAUAGAUAAAUAGAUAGAGAGAGAGAGAGAGAGAGAAAGGGGGAGGAAAGAGAGGGAGAGAAAAAGAAACAGACAGAAUCAAUCAGGAUCAGUCAAAAAACGAUAUGCGAAGAACGACAAGUGUCCUUGACUUGAAAGAGUAAGAUUAUUCCGAUUCUUUAAGAAAGAGAAAAUAGAAUAAGAAAAUUGAAAAAGAUCAAGAUCGAUACUCAGCAGAUUGACGGAGAGUCGGCGAAUCGUAAAGAGGUGGGAUCGCGAAGCUCGAUCGUGCGUGUGCCUUGCGUGUAUUUGAAGGGAGCGCGAAUGGCCGAGAAAACGAGCAGGGUGUACCCGAUUACGGCGGUCCAACGUGACGGUCAGAUCGAUCCCAAAGCACCGGCACCGGAUCGUUGGUAAUGGGGGGUUUAGGCGAGGAUGCCUUCUUCUCGUCGUCGUCAUCGUCAUCGUCGUCGUCGUCACCGUCGUUACACACUGUUGUCGCAUUAUCGUUGCGUCCGUGUUUUUGUCGUCGUCGCCGUCAUCAUCGCAGCCUCACCUUGCAGCUGUCUAACCCAAGGAAAGCACUCACCGCGGAUAGGCACCUUUUUGGAUCCUUUCUCCUUACGGUCUUCGUCCUUCUUUUUCGUAGCAGCGAGGAAAAGAAGACUGCUAAAACGGAGAGAAAGAGAAUCAGUAGCAUCGAUAGUAGCGAUAGUAGGGGAAGCGAGACAAUUCGUAGUCAUAGAAUCUUUGCCUCGGAGAGAAAAAAGAAGGAAGGAGAUAGGGUGCUCCUUGGAUCGGCCGUUCGAGAGGGAGAGGAAAAGAGAGGAAAGUGGAGGAGGUGGUGGGGGAGGAGGAGGUGACUCGCCGCCGAAAUGCACCAGGUGCCGUACGGAGUGGGACUCACCUCGAACGAAGGUCGAAUCGCCAAGUUCGGAGAGGAGAGCCAAUAUUGCCGGCAAUGGCACCAUCAACGACAACGGUAUCAACAAGAACACCAACAUCAGCAGCAGCAGCAACAACAAUCUCGUUGCCAGCCUCGUCAACGAGACAAAGGUGACAACGCCGACAUCUGCGAACGAUCGAGUCGAGUUUUCGAAUAUACCGAAAGAAGAGACGAAAGUACACGACGCCUACACGUGCGAUCGCCUAAACUGUUCUCCAGAUAUGGAGGCGGACUCCUGAUACCUUCCAAUUUGCUUCUUAUUGGACUGUUUCUCUGUUACCUGACUUUACCACCCGUCCAACCGAGACAGAAUCAUCAUCAGACUUGUCCCGGCUGUCCUCAUCAGCAGCAGCAACAUCAGCACCUUCAUGAAAUCCAUCGAGGUGGGAGCAAGCAUGGAACUGCGCCGAGUCCUGACGACCUCAGAUUGGAAGCCAUCAAACAUCAGAUAUUAACGAAAUUGGGCUUAAGAACACGGCCUGACGUGAACAGAACCUUGGCUGCUGUUCCGAGACAUCUCGCUUUGGAGACUCUAUACCGAGCUGAAGCUCAAGCAUCGCCGCAGUAUCCAGAGAGGACGCGUAACGAUCACGGGGCCGAAUAUUCAGGUGAAUUUCUUUAUGGUGGCGACGAAUACUCGUACAAGAAUCUUGAUCAGCAAAACGAGGAGACGACAACGGAUGGUAAUUCAAGGACCACCACGCCCUAUCAGGGAUACGGUGAUUACGAUACUAGACCGGGGCACGAACCUCAGGAGGAGAUGGAUGAUUUUUACGCAAGAACAUCGGAGAUUAUUACUUUUGCCGAACCCG